UGGCCCGGGUAAGACGGAAACGCCGAGGUGCUGGCAUCCUCGACCUUGCCCUCCGCGCUCCGUUGGGCGUGGAAAGAGAAACAGAAAACCGACCGGGUGGUUUGUGGAGGCUGGAGCGGGCUGAGGGAUGUGAAGUCGGUGAGCCCGACCCGAGUUUCCGGUGUUGCAUUCUAUGGAUCACUGAUUACGGAAUAGAUGGCUUUACCUCGCCUCACAGGAGCUUUGCGCUCCUUUUCAAAUGUCACCAAACAAGAUAAUUAUAAUGAAGACGAGGCAGAAUUGAAGAUUAAGCGAUCCAAACUUUAUUCAAAAGGUUCAGAUUUGGGACUGACGUGGAAGAAGAUUGUAAAAUUUUUGAAUGAAAAUCUGGAUAAGGAUGAAGUACAAAGUGUAAACGAAGAUUUAAAAGAUAUAUUACAGGCUUCAAAACAAAUAGUUGGAAUGGAUAAUGGAAGAGAAGCAAUUGAAAGUGGGGCCGCAUUUCUCUUCAAGACAUUUUAUUUGACGAACUUGGUUGGCCACAGAGAGACAAAGGCAAUCAAACAGAUGUUUGGUCCUUUUCCGCCGUCAUCUGCCACCGCAGCUUGUGAUGCCACUAGUCGAAUUACUUCUCAUUUUAGUGAAGAUGAUCUUUCUGAUCUUCUCCGGAAGACAGAGGAGGAAAAUGAAAAUCGAGUUUUAUUCGGUAAAAACAUAGUAUUUUCAUUUGAUAUGCAUGACUUGGACCACUCUGAUGAACUUCCAAUCAAUGGUGAUAACCAGAAAAUGAUAAGCCUAGAUUACCAGAAGUUCCUGGAUGAACGUUUUCAGGAGCAUUGUACCCCAGAGGUCAAGCCUGUGGAAAAGACAAAUGGUUCCUUUCUGUGGUGUGAAGUUGAGAAGUACUUAAAUGCAACUUUAAAAGGAAUGACCGACGCACCGAGAGUAGAAGAUCUUUGCUGCACUUUAUAUGAUAUGCUUUCUUCUGUUAAAAGUGGUGAUGAACUUCAGAAUGAGCUAUUUGAACUGCUGGGACCAGAAGGACUUGAACUGAUUGAAAAGCUCCUUCAGAACAGAAUUAUGAUUGUGGAUAGAUUUCUUAACUCUUCUAAUGAUCAUAAACUGCAAGCUCUUCAAGAAAAUUGCAAAAAAAUUUUAGGAGAAAAUGCUAAACCUAAUUAUGGUUGUCAAGUCACUAUUCAGUCUGAACAAGAAAAGCAGUUAAUGAAACAGUAUCGCCGUGAGGAAAAAAGAAUUGCCAGACGAGAAAAGAAGGCUGGAGAUGAUGGAGAAGUUUCUGGAGAAGGACCAAUGUGCUUUGAUCCUAAGGAAUUGCGUUUACAAAGAGAACAGGCGCUUCUGAGUGCCAGAAGCUUUCCAGUGUUGAGCAGGCAGAAAGAGAUGGGCAAUGAGAAAAUGCGUUUUCCCCAUGUUUAUGAUUCCCAGGUCGAAGCCAUGAAGACCUCAGCUUUCAUUGCUGGUGCAAAGAUGAUCUUACCAGAAGGAAUCCAAAGAGAUAAUAAUAAGAUCUAUGAAGAAGUCAAAAUCCCCUACAGUCAACCAAUGCCAGUUGGCAUUGAGGAAAAGCCAGUGUAUAUCCAGGACUUAGAUGAGAUUGGGCAGCUGGCCUUUAAAGGAAUGAAGAGACUCAAUAGAAUCCAGUCAAUAGUAUUUGAGACUGCCUACAACACCAAUGAGAACAUGCUGAUUUGUGCCCCGACCGGAGCUGGAAAGACUAACAUUGCAAUGCUUACAAUACUGCAUGAGGUUCGCCAACAUUUUCAACAGGGUGUUAUCAAAAAGAAUGAAUUUAAGAUUGUAUAUGUUGCUCCAAUGAAAGCGUUGGCAGCUGAAAUGACGAAUUACUUCAGCAAACGACUAGAGCCGCUGGGCAUCAUUGUGAAAGAAUUGACGGGUGAUAUGCAGUUGUCAAAAUCUGAAAUUUUACGAACUCAGAUGCUUGUGACCACACCCGAAAAGUGGGAUGUUGUCACAAGGAAGAGUGUUGGGGAUGUAGCUCUUUCCCAAAUUGUCAAACUCCUUAUUCUUGAUGAAGUUCAUUUGCUGCAUGAAGACAGAGGACCAGUAUUAGAAAGCAUAGUUGCACGUACUUUACGACAGGUUGAAUCCACACAGAGUAUGAUAAGAAUACUUGGACUCUCUGCAACCUUACCGAACUACCUCGAUGUUGCUACAUUUUUACACGUCAAUCCCUACAUUGGACUCUUCUUCUUCGAUGGCCGUUUUCGACCAGUGCCUCUUGGACAGACAUUUUUGGGGAUUAAGAGUGCAAACAAGGCGCAGCAGUUGAAUAACAUGGAUGAAGUAUGUUAUGAAAGUGUUUUGAAGCAAGUAAAGGCUGGACAUCAGGUGAUGGUGUUUGUACAUGCUCGCAAUGCCACUGUAAGAACAGCAAUGUCUCUAAUAGAAAGAGCAAAAAAUAGUGGCCAGAUUCCCUUCUUUUUGUCUGCUCAAGGACCUGAAUAUGGACACGCAGAAAAACAGGUACAAAAGUCAAGAAAUAAGCAAGUACGAGAAUUAUUCCCAGAUGGUUUUAGUAUUCACCAUGCAGGAAUGCUUCGGCAGGACAGAAAUUUAGUUGAAAAUUUGUUUUCUAAUGGGCAUAUCAAAGUCCUAGUCUGUACAGCUACCUUAGCCUGGGGUGUCAAUCUUCCUGCUCAUGCUGUUAUUAUUAAGGGAACACAGAUAUAUGCCGCAAAAAGAGGAUCCUUUGUUGACCUUGGGAUUUUAGAUGUCAUGCAGAUAUUUGGCCGAGCUGGAAGACCACAAUUUGACAAAUUUGGGGAAGGAAUUAUAAUCACAACACAUGAUAAGCUAAGCCAUUACCUCACUUUACUCACUCAACAAAACCCAAUUGAAAGCCAGUUUCUAGAAAGCCUCGCAGAUAACCUAAAUGCAGAGAUUGCUCUAGGAACAGUUACUAAUGUGGAAGAAGCAGUGAAGUGGAUAAGUUAUACAUAUCUUUAUGUGCGGAUGAGAGCAAAUCCACUAGUAUAUGGCAUCAGUCACAAGGCUUAUCAGAUGGACCCAGCAUUAGAAAAACAUCGAGAACAGUUGGUCAUUGAAGUUGGACGAAAAUUAGACAAAGCUCGUAUGAUUCGUUUUGAGGAGCGAACUGGAUAUUUUUCUUCUACUGAUUUGGGUAGAACCGCCAGCCACUAUUAUAUUAAAUACAACACCAUUGAGACUUUUAAUGAACUCUUUGAUGCUCACAAAACAGAAGGCGAUAUCUUUGCCAUAGUGUCUAAAGCUGAAGAAUUUGAUCAAAUCAAGGUGAGAGAAGAAGAAAUUGAGGAGUUAGAUGCCUUAUUGAACAAUUUCUGUGAACUGUCAGCCCCUGGUGGUGUAGAGAACAGUUACGGGAAAAUCAACAUCCUACUUCAAACGUACAUCAGCCGAGGGGAAAUGGACAGUUUCUCUCUGAUAUCAGAUUCUGCAUAUGUUGCACAAAAUGCAGGUAGAAUUGUCCGUGCCCUUUUUGAAAUUGCUCUGAGGAAACGUUGGCCUACCAUGACCUACAGGCUCCUGAAUCUCAGUAAAGUUAUCGACAAGAGGCUUUGGGGUUGGGCUAGCCCUUUGAGACAAUUUUCAGUCUUACCACCACAUAUUCUUACAAGAUUAGAAGAAAAAAAUCUUAGUGUGGAUAAGCUGAAAGACAUGAGAAAGGAUGAAAUAGGUCACAUAUUGCAUCAUGUGAAUAUCGGUCUGAAGGUCAAGCAAUGUGUCCAUCAGAUUCCUUCUGUUACAAUGGAAGCAUCCAUUCAGCCCAUCACACGAACUGUCCUCCGGGUGACCCUCAGCAUCUCUCCUGACUUCUCAUGGAAUGAUCAGGUCCACGGGACAGUGGGAGAACCCUGGUGGAUUUGGGUUGAAGACCCUACAAAUGACCACAUUUACCAUUCUGAGUACUUUUUAGUUCUGAAAAAACAGGUCAUUAGUAAAGAAGCUCAACUACUAGUAUUUACAAUCCCUAUUUUUGAGCCUUUGCCUUCCCAGUACUACAUCCGAGCUGUGUCUGAUAGAUGGUUAGGAGCCGAGUCUGUGUGUGUUAUCACCUUCCAGCACCUGAUUCUGCCCGAGAGACACCCUCCUCAUACAGAGUUACUGGAUCUUCAGCCUUUACCAGUCACAGCUUUGGGAAAUAGACAAUACGAAGCCCUGUAUAAAUUCACCCACUUUAACCCUGUGCAGACACAGAUAUUUCAUACGCUCUAUCACACGGACUCUAAUGUUCUGCUGGGAGCACCCACUGGGUCAGGGAAAACGGUUGCAGCUGAACUGGCCAUUUUCAGAGUCUUCAACAAGUACCCUGCUACAAAGGCUGUAUAUAUUGCACCCCUAAAGGCUCUUGUACGUGAACGAAUGGACGACUGGAAGAUUAGAAUAGAAGAAAAACUUGGUAAAAAAGUUAUUGAACUAACAGGGGAUGUGACUCCUGAUAUGAAGUCCAUUGCCAAAGCUGACCUUAUUGUCACUACACCAGAGAAGUGGGAUGGAGUCAGCAGAAGCUGGCAAAAUAGGAGCUAUGUUCAGCAAGUCACUAUUCUCAUCAUCGAUGAGAUCCAUUUGCUCGGGGAAGAUAGAGGUCCUGUUCUAGAGGUCAUUGUAUCUCGAACAAAUUUCAUCUCAUCACACACAGAAAAGCCUGUUAGAAUAGUUGGUCUGUCGACUGCAUUGGCUAAUGCCAGAGACCUUGCUGACUGGCUCAAUAUUAAGCAGAUGGGCUUGUUCAAUUUCCGACCAUCUGUACGCCCAGUUCCACUGGAAGUUCACAUUCAAGGCUUCCCAGGUCAACACUAUUGUCCUCGCAUGGCCAGUAUGAAUAAACCUACGUUUCAAGCAAUUAGAAGCCAUUCACCUGCCAAACCUGUUUUGAUAUUUGUCUCAUCAAGACGUCAAACUCGUCUGACUGCUCUAGAAUUGAUAGCCUUUCUGGCUACUGAAGAAGAUCCAAAACAGUGGUUGAAUAUGGAUGAAAUAGAGAUGUUGCCAUUAAAACCGUCAGCAGGGACAGUCUGCCUGAUAGCCUUUAAAAAGAAAAACACUUUCGUCAGGCUCAUUCUGUUCUCUCACCGAGCAGCUGUUGGGCUUGCCUGUUGUCCUCGCAUUGCUCAGUGCCAGGCUUGUCCAAGCUUCACCAGGGCUCCUGUGGAGAGAGCCUCAGAACUAGUCGUUUGUUCCCUCAACCAGUCACAGCAGUAUCUGCAGUGUGUUCUUACUGAUGUACUCCAGAUGAUGGGGCGUGCUGGAAGGCCUCAGUUUGAUGACCAAGGCAAAGCUGUAAUUCUGGUCCAUGACAUAAAAAAAGACUUUUACAAAAAAUUUCUCUAUGAACCUUUCCCUGUAGAAUCAAGCUUACUAGAAGUGCUCGCUGACCAUUUAAAUGCAGAGAUUGCCGGAGGCACAAUAACUUCUAAGCAGGAUGCAAUGGAUUACAUCACCUGGACAUACUUUUUCCGACGUCUUGUCAUGAACCCCAGCUACUACAACUUGGGUGAUGUGAGCCAUGAUUCUGUGAACAAGUUUCUGUCUAACCUAGUUGAAAAAUCCCUGGUUGCACUGGAACAUUCCUGUUGCAUUGAAAUUGGAGAGGAUAAUCGCAGCAUUGAACCUCUGACAUGCGGCCGAAUUGCCUCCUAUUACUAUUUGAGGCACCAAACAGUCCGAAUGUUCAAGGAGCGUUUGAAACCCGAAAGCAGUGUUGAAGAUUUGCUGUCCAUUCUGAGUGAUGCAGAAGAAUACACAGAUUUGCCAGUAAGGCACAAUGAAGAUCAUAUGAAUAGUGAACUGGCAAAAUGUCUUCCCAUUGAAUUAAAUCCUCACUCAUUUGACAGCCCCCACACCAAAACACACCUCCUGCUGCAAGCGCAUCUCAGCCGAGCCAUGCUGCCCUGCCCAGACUAUGACACCGACACCAAAACCGUCUUGGACCAAGCGCUGAGAGUAUGCCAGGCAAUGCUGGAUGUGGCUGCAAAUCAGGGCUGGCUGGUGGCUGUCCUGAACAUUACCAAUCUGGUGCAGAUGGUCAUCCAGGGUCGGUGGCUGAAGGACUCGUCUCUUCUCACCCUUCCAAACAUAGAGCAGCAGCAUCUUCACCUUUUUAGGAAAUGGAAGCCAGUUGUGAAGGGCCCACGUGGUGGUUACCAGGGCAGUAUUGAGUGCCUCCCGGAGCUGAUCCAUGCCUGUGAAGGGAAAGAACGUGUAUUUGACUCCAUUGUUCAGUCAGAGCUACAGCCGGCAAAGAUAAAGCAGGCCUGGAAUUUCGUAUCUCGCUUGCCAGUGAUAGAUGUCAGCUUGAGUGUUAAAGGUUGGUGGGAUGACUCAGUUGAAGGACAGAAUGAGCUGUCUAUCCCGACUCUGGUUUCAGACAAGCGAGAUGACAACAAAUGGAUCAAAUUGCAUGCUGACCACGAGUAUGUGCUUCAGGUCAACUUGCAGAAAAUCCACACUGGGUCCCACAAGGGAAAGCAAGAGAGCACUGCCAUCACCCCUCGAUUUCCCAAAUCAAAAGAUGAAGGAUGGUUUCUGGUAUUAGGAGAAGUGGAUAAGAGAGAGCUUAUUGCUUUAAAAAGAGUGGGCUUUGUUCGAAAUCAUCAAGUAGCUUCCAUUUCUUUCUAUACCCCUGAAUUACCUGGAAGGUAUAUUUAUACACUGUAUCUCAUGAGUGACUGCUACCUUGGCCUGGACCAGCAGUAUGACCUUUAUCUCAAUAUCACACCAGCAAGCAUGUCCACACAAGUCAACAUGGAGGUCUCCGAUGCCUUGACGGGCCUGGCAGUGAAGUAACCUGCCUGAACAGUCUGUUAUGAAGUCAGACUCUUCAGUCACCUAGACGAAGUCAAAUCACCUGAUGAUUGCCGUCGUGCUGCCAACUUCUGACCCCAAGACACCAGGAAACCGAUAGUGGUUAUGGCAGUAUUGACCCAAAUGACACAGAGUUAGCUGUUGUGGCCGUGUAAAUCAUGUGGCCUCUUAAAAUGUCAUUUGCUUGGGUUUCUUGCUAUGUAAAAUGAAAAAGCAUGCAGAGGAUUCUUUCAAUUGGCUCACACCUGAGACUGUGUUUAAGAAUCACCAAUGAAUAUUUGACACCUCACAAGAUACUGUUUACAUGAAUAUUGGCUUCUUUAAUUCUAAAGAAACUGCAUUGAAUCUUGACAGCUUUAGGAUUUGUUGUAACCGAUUUCUAACUCUGGAGGGGAAAAAAUAUAUAUAUAUUCCAUAUGGUGACAUGUAAUGUGUCUUUUUAGGAAAAUGUUUACUCUGAUCUGAUUGCACAUUGAAGCAGUUUUAAUAGCUCUUAUAUUCUUAAAUGUUAAUAAAAUAUGAUGUGAUAUUGUAUUACAGAGCCCAAUAAUGAUAAAAAGAAAACAAUAUACUGAUCUUCAAAAAUGUAAAUAUUAUAACGGGUGGAAAUAAAAUAUUUAGAGUGCCAUUGUGACAUGAGUAGACCCUAUUAUGUGUUCUGCUUCUUCCCAUGCUACCC